GCUCGCGCGCCACGCGGCGGCCGCGGCAACGGCGGCGGGCCCAGGGGAGGGAACGCGCGGAGCGACGGUAAUGCCGGGUGGCGGCGGGGGACAACGGGACACGGUGCCGGGGAACGGCGGGUAGCAACGGUAGUACCGGCUAAAGGCGGGUAACAGCGGCAGUACCGGCUAACGGCGGGUAACAGCGGUAGUGCCAGAGGAAUUUAUCACAUAAAAGAAAUGAUUGAAUCAGUAAAAUUAAGAAGACAAUGCAUGCUGGAUUUCUACUCACAUUAUGAACAUCUUUGUGAACUUCAAGGCUCUCUCCCACUGAAAGCUGUGAAGGCUAAUGUGACUCAUGAUGCUAUWGAUCUGAUUGUCGAUCACAUCAAAGCUACUGAUUGGGCACCACUUCUGAAUGCUCUCAGGCAUAGUAAGACUUUGACUUCUAUUGGAAUAAGAAGUUUACAUCAACACAGUCUUGAAGAACCAGGUAUUGAAAAACAUAAAACUUCCUUUAGAAGGAGAUUUCCAGCAGCUCUGUCAAAAGACUURACUGGCCAACUAUGCAAAGCUUUGAAAGGCUGUCUCAGUAUAUCAGAYGUACUAAAAAAAUUAGAACUACAAGGUUUGCUUCUGAGGGAGAAAGACCUAACACUUUUAACAAAGGGCUUGGCCGCAGCUUCAUCUCUGGAGAGUGUCUCUUUAGCCCACUGUCCAAUUGGAGAUGGAGGGUUGGAAACAAUCUGUCAGAGUAUAAAGAAUACAGCUACUAUCAGAUCUGUAAACUUCACAGCAUGUAGCCUCACGUGGCGAGGGGCAGAACAUAUAGCAAAUGUAUUAAAGCACCAGGCAAUGAAAAGACAUGGUGAAGCUUGGGCUGAAAGCCUGCGUUACAGGAGACCUGACCUUGAAUAUAUGACAGGUUUGAGACGGAUUACUUUGAACUGCAACAUGCUUGUUGGAGAUAGAGGAGCAAGUGCCUUUGCAGACUGUCUAGGAGAAGACCUUUGGCUAAAAGCACUUGAUUUGCAGCAGUGUGGAAUAUCCAAUGAGGGAGCAAGGUCAUUAUUAGAUGCUCUUCAAACUAAUACAACAUUAGUGGUACUUGACAUAAGGAAAAAUCCAUUAAUUGGUCAUGUUCUGAUGAAAAGUAUUAUUGAAAGAGUUCUUAAGAAUGGAAGUAGUGCUGAUUCAGAGUAUAAGUGGCUGUCUCCAUCUUCCAAAGAUGCUUUGAAAACUAARCCAAAGAAAAGAACUAUUGUCCUCGGAAGUGGUCGGAAAGGAAAAGCUACWAUUCGUAUUGGAUUAUCAUCUAAAAAAUCAGUAAGUCCCGGGAAAAAAAAUUCCUCAGUGAGAGACAGUUAUGCACCAAAACCACUGCCACCAGGCACAAAAGGCUUCCUUCCUUGGCGGACUGCAGAACGUUCACAGAGAUGCAGAGGUGGUGGGUCAGCAAAUCGUGCUGAAGAAUUGCCCUUGAAGAUUCAGACUGGUGUUCCUGUGAAAGUGACAGUAGAAAGUGCUUCUUCGUCUGAAACUGAAGACACACAAGAUUUAGAGGAUGGUAUCCACCAGUGUGAUUUGACAAAAUCAUUAGAUGUGAUGGAUAUAACACAAUAUCAACAGUUACAGUUGGAGCUGGAAGACUGCUUGGAAAAACUAAAGGAAGAACAAAAAGCUAGAGUAAAGGCUGAGGAGCGGCUACUAGAGCUGGAGAUUGAAAAUGCAAGAUUAAAGAGUCUAAAUAUGUCCCUGUCCGAGGUUCUUCACGCACAGUCAGUAACCAGCUUGAUUUUGGAAGAUGAAGGUGUUCUAGGCAGCAUUGAGAGCUCUUUCCAAAAGUUCCAUGCUUUUUUAGACCUCCUUAAAGAUGCUGGACUUGGACAACUUGCUGUAAUAGCUGGGAUAGACCAAUCAGAUUUUGGUAUUUUGGGGCUUUCACAAAUGAAUUCUACUCUUGGUAAGCCUGUGAACAUGGGAAAGGAGAAGUCUUUUGAAGAAGAAAGACAGGAACAUACCCAGAAUUGCAGAAACAGAGCUGGGGAUACCCAACUUUCUCUUCCUGGCGCAUUUCAAUCCCAGAUGGUUGGGAAUAAUGCCUUUUCAUCACUUAGAGAAAUUCAAGAACUUCAGGCUGCUGGACAGCAGUAUCAACCAGGUUCAUGGAAGGAAAAUGAAGCUCAAACAAUUAGCCAAAAUAAGGAGGAGAAACCUCGAAGUAGCACUCCAAUAUUACCUGAGAGGAGAGUCAAACAAAAUGAACAAGCAAAAGGACAUCACUCAGCAAGACAAUUGGCUACCAGUCUGCAUUCUUUUACUGAUUCCAGUGUACAGACCAGAAGUGAUGAUAGCAGAAUAUCCAGUAAUAUUUCUGGUGAAAAAAGCAAAAAUUCUUCCUCUAAGAAAUACAUCUCUGUACCAAUUGAAACAGCAGCUCCAGGUACUGGAGUGAGAGGAGACAAAAGUAGACUGCAGGGUGUAAUUGUUAGCCCUGGAACUGAUAUUGUAGGAUCUGCCUCUGAAAUACAAGAAAGUAUACAAAGUGUUACCAGCAUUUGAAAUGGUUCUAAAAUGUUUGGACUGUUCUUUACACUUACAAGAUUAAUAAUAAUAAUAGGCUUUGAAUAUCUCACUAGGUGACUUUUUUGUAAAAUUUUGUAGACUUUAUGACUUUUUAAAACAUUGCAUGCUGCUCAGAAUUCCUGUUUCAUAUUUGUGUUUCUUGUCAUUAGAUUUAUAGUUUUGAAAACAUGUGAUACCUCUAUGGUACCCAUCAGUUUGUACUACAUAUAAAGAAAGCUUGGCACAUGGAUUUCCUUAUCACAGAUCUUUGAGCUAAUAAAAUUAAUUUCAGUACA